UAACAUCGCUCCACCUUUUGCUUAGAAGCCCCUUACUGCAGUUGAAGUGCAGUUGAGAUAUUCGCACCCAGGGGAAUAUCAAGUCAUCAUGAGGGCCAGUCACAUCCUCCUGCUCUGCAUCCUGGGAUACGCAAUGCUUUCCUCAGUGAUCUGCCAGCAUGGAAAUGGUCCUGACGACUGCUGCUUCUCAUUCUAUCCAAGAAGACUGAACAAAAAUCUCAUCAGCUCAUAUGGCAUGACUGAUUUCCGAUGCACAAAGAGUGGAAUCAUUCUGAUUUCAAAAAAGGGUCGUCGCAUCUGUGUGGAUCCGAAUGUCUCCUGGGUUCAGGGCAUCAUGAGAUGGGUGGAUGAAAAGACCCUUUGAAUCAGCUGCCCGCUCGUCCUUCUUUAAACUUACUGCAGCUUCUGUUGCUUUAUCAGAUCACAUACUAUCAACAUGCAUGUUACAAUGUGGUCAUGAUUUUGGUUUUAAUGAGAAAUCUGUUGAGAGUAAAUCAAGAUUUUGCCUGCAAACGGAGUCAUUUUGAGCCAGUAUUGGCACAUUGACCAGCUUAUCCCGUUUUUCUUUUUUGAUGCUUUGUAAUCCCCACAAUAUCAUAUUGUCUCUUCUUAAUUCCUUCUAAGCUGGAAAGACCAACUGCCAAAUGAAUAAAUGUAAAAGUACUGAACAA